AUGGUGUUCGGUUCAGAUGUCUCCCUCCCAUCACAAGGGAAGAGUGUAAUGGUUGUGAUGGACGCGAAUCGCAGCAAAGUAAGCGUCGACGCACUUGAUUGGGCUAUCAAACACGUCCGCCGAAAAGACACGAUUGUUGUUCUUGCGGUGUUGUCGGCGGUCGGAAAGAAGACUUCUUCUUCAUGUUUUCCGUUCAUUGGAUUCUCCAGAAUUUGGGUAAGAUUAGAGUUCUCUGGACAUGGGGAAAUGAGCCCCCAAGAACUUGAAGAAGAGAUUGAGAAUAAAAGGGAAGAAUAUCAAUCUACUCUCCAGCCAUUUUACCAACGGUGCAAGAAGAGGGAGGUGAAGUUGGAAGCCAAACUUGCCGCAGGAUAUGAUCCCAGGAAUAUUACUAUUGAAGAAGCACUAAGUUUUAAUCCCCGCUGGAUCGUUUUAGACAGGCGCUUGAAGAAACAUAAAGUGUAUAUAGAUGGGCAUGUAGGCUGUGAUGUUGCAAUAAUGAAGGAGAAAGGUGUUGCUACCUUAAUGCCAUCAAAACUCCUGAGUGUGAACGAUGGUGCACAGAAAGUGAAGAAAUUAAUGAUAUAG